GAUGUGAUCGCCGGGAACCGAAUCAAAAAGGCCACGGAACACCUUUCUCAUUUGAAAGUCAAAAAUUAAACCUACAUAAUUGAACAAGCGAAGCCAGGAACAGAACAAGAAGAAGAUGAUCAGAGAGAGAAAGAGAAUCACCAUGUGGCUGACCAGGAGGAACCUCUGGACCCCUGCCCUAUUCUUGCUCCUUUCCUCUCUGCAAUCAGCAGUGCCGGAAUCCACCACGCCCAGCUACGACGACUGCGCUCCCCAGCGAUGCGGCCACCAGGUGGUCAGCUACCCGUUCUGGAUCAUCGAUCACCAGCCGAGUUACUGCGGCCGUCCGGCGUUCGCCCUCACUUGCCUCAACGACACAGGCGCCCUCUUCCUCACCGUCCUCAACAUCAAAUUCUACGUGCUCCGGAUCUUCUACUCCAACAGCUCCGUCCACUUCACUCUCGGCGACGCCGACUCCUGCGCCUUCCUCCUCAGCAGAAACACCACCGGGGUCUUCCCCUUCAGCGCCAGCGACUCCAACAAGCAGAUAUUCUUCCUCUUCAACUGCUCCGGGUCGGAUAGCGCCAUCCCGAGGAGCUACCAGAACAUGUCCUGCCCCCGGCUCAAUACCCGGGUCAUGUUCGGCGGCGAGUAUGACCCCGCCCGUACGCGCUCGCCGGACCCGAACUGCACCGUCGGCCUGGUGUCUGUGAUGGGCGACUCUAACAUCAGUGCCGGCAGCAACUACACUGCGCAGCUGCGGGCUGGCUGGAUGGCGAAUUAUAGCGCGAGGAGUUGCAGCGAGUGCGCCGCCAGCGGUGGCCGGUGCGGCUACGACGCCAACAACACCUCGACGUCGCAGGACAGUAUCUGCAUCUGCCCCAAUGGAGUCCAUCUCGGAAGUUGCAGCAGGAUUCCAGGGAAUCAAAAACAUUCACUUGUUAUUAUACUUACAGUAGGCACUACUGCAUUGCUUCUCUUCGGAAUAACAUGCUAUUUUACGUGGGUGAGGCACAUGCGAUUGGGAAAAGCAAGAAGAUUGCACGAGUUAAGAGCUCCUGAUGAUACUAUUGGAUCUGAUAAGGAAGUCAUUAAUGUCCCCCUGGUUGAUUUUUUCAGUAUUCAUAAGGCAACAGAUGACUUUGCGGUCACAAACAAGCUUGGUGAAGGUGGUUUUGGCUCUGUCUACAAGGGAAGACUAGAAGAUGGUCAGUAUAUAGCUGUGAAGAGGCUCUCUGAGAACUCAAAACAAGGCUUUGAGGAGUUGAACAAUGAAGUUAAGCUAAUUGCUAGACUUCAGCAUACUAACCUUGUCAGGCUUUUAGGUUGGUGUAUCCAUGAAAAUGAGAAAAUACUCAUCUAUGAAUAUAUGGCCAACAAAAGUUUGGAUAAAUACUUAUUCGAUUCAAACCUUUCAGCACAAAUAGACUGGCAUAAGAGAUUCUGUAUAAUACAAGGCAUUUCUCAAGGACUUGUUUACCUUCAUUGCUAUUCAAGACUGCGCAUCAUUCAUAGAGAUUUGAAGACGAGCAACAUCCUACUGGAUGAAAAUAUGAAUCCCAAAAUUUCAGAUUUUGGUUUGGCAAGGAUAUUUGGAGAAAGUCAUAUGGAACAAAACACAAGGAGAUUAGUAGGGACUUACGGUUACAUGGCACCAGAAUAUGGCUUGCUUGGUUGUUUUUCUGAAAAGUCUGAUGUAUAUAGCUUUGGGGUGAUUAUGCUUGAGAUCAUUUCUGGCAAAAGAAACUCUGGCUCACACUCGAUGAACAAUUCAUUUAGUCUACUUGGAUACGCAUGGCAUCUUUGGGCGGAAGGAAGAUGUUGCGAACUAGUAGACCUGCAAUUGAUUGAUUCAUUCCCAAUUUCUGAAGUGGAGAAAUGCAUUCAACUCGCCCUGUUAUGUGUUCAAGAUAGGCCCACCGACCGACCAACAAUGGAUGCUAUUGCCAUGAUGCUGGUCAACAAGAACCCAAUUUUACCAUUGCCUCAGCAACCUGCGUAUACCUACAGAACAGAUGCACCAACACUGAUGUCAAUCCCAUGUUCCCGAGCACUAGAAUUGACCAUGAGUACCAUUGAAGGGAGAUGAAUUAUCUUCUUCAAACCCUAUAGUAUUAGUUCGAAGGAAUUAAUUACAUUCGAUUCAAUAGUUUCGUAGAGUUGUAUAUGAAAUUCUUUAGGUGGAGUUCUCAGUCCUUCACCAAUGUUUUCUCGACCUCUAAUCUACCAUGCUUGUAGAAUCUAGUGUAAAGAUCAAAGAGAAUAUCAUCAUAUGUUUUUCUUUAUAGAAUAUUGACCAUUAUAAUUCACUCAUUAUUAUCUCUAAUAUGUUAUAUGCGUGCAUGUGUUUCCCAUCACAUGAGGCAUAGAAUUGUAACAGGAAGCCUUUUGUACUGACUAUGCAAGUUGAUA